AUGACUUUCGUGUCGCUCCCGCGCCGAAAGGCCAACGUGGUUGCAGUUCUCCUCCUUGGUGCUAUACUAGUGGCAUACAUAAUGUUUCAUUAUGGAUCAGGGGCCUCGACGAUGACGAACGCGCUGCAACGCUUCGGCGUCUAUGCCCGUCCGAAAGAAAACGCGGAGGAUAGCUGUGUAUGGAGUCGCUUAAGUAUGCCGAUCAAGGCUAAAGAAGUGGACUCUAGUCUCGGCCGAGAAUUGCGAGUAAAGAUUAUGGUUUACGAAAACGAUAUCAUCGGAGAUAUAGUUUGGAACGAAAACCGACUUUAUGAGGAUAAACUACAACGGGCUUACUUAGAUGCCGUCAAGACUGCUGGCCUCUGGGAUCGGAAAGGGCUGUAUGUGGAUGCUGGGGCCAAUGUUGGCGUGCAUGCCUUGGUGUUCGCAAAAUUAGGCUUCGAAGUUCACGCAUUCGAACCUACGAAGACUACCCGUGAAAAGCUCCUUUGCUCCGGCGAGCUAAAUGAGCUUACGAAUCUCAUGGUAUACAAGUAUGCUUUCGGUGCAAAGGUCGACACUGGGUCGUUUUGCAUGGAAACAUCUCCCGAACAUGGAACGGGAAACAUGGGGGGAAUGACUGUGAGCACAGUCUGCGACAAUAAAGAACGGAUUGAAGUGACGACUAUGGAUACCAUGUGGAAGGAAAAGUUCAAUCGGCGGCAAAUCGGGUUUCUGAAGAUAGACGUGGAAGGGCAUGAACCGGAUCUCAUCGAGGGAGGUUCUGAAAUGUUCCGCGAAAUGCCCCCGACAGUCAUCGCCACAGAGAUCAACGUCAUACUUUUACGGCGAAACAACAAAGAUCCCCUCGACUAUAUCAAGUCUCUCCGGCAACUAGGCUAUUCACUCUUCGUUCCUAUUCCUCACCGGCUUUUACCGUCAGAGGAGGACGAAGCAUUUAUAACUCAGGGCGGUGGCAUUGAUGGUAUGAUGGACUUAAUUGGUAUUCAGAAUGAUUCCUUGUAA